AUGGUUGUUCUCUCUGAACUUUUUGAAGGAUCUUCAUCUUCUUCAUCAACUCAUGGUCAUAUAUAUGACAUAUUCUUAAGUUUUAGAGGCCUUGACACUCGUAAUAAUUUUACUGCAUACCUUCGUAAAGCCCUCAUGGAUGCCAAUAUAACUACCUUCUUGGAUGGUGAAGAGAUUGAAACCGGGGAAGAUCUGAAACCGGAAUUGGAGAGUGCGAUCAAAGCAUCUAGGGCUUCUGUUAUCGUGUUAUCCAAGAAUUAUGCUUCUUCCACAUGGUGUCUUGAUGAAUUGGUGCUGAUCCUUGAGCAACGUAUGAAAUCCAAUCAUGUUGUAAUCCCUAUUUUUUAUCAUGUUGAGCCCACCGAUGUCAGGAAGCAACAAAGUAGCUUCGGAGAUGCAAUGGCUAAGCAUAGACAGACAAUGGAGUUGGAGACAAAUGCAAAUAAAAGAAGUAAAUGGGCUCAAAAGAUGGACCGAUGGAAGAAAGCGCUUACAGAAGUUGCUGACAUAAAAGGGAAGGACGUAAAUGGCAGGUAA